UUAUUUCCUGUUUUCUGGCUAAAACCACAUCCUGUGUCUUCAGGAGGGCCUUACACUGCUAAACACCCUCCUGCAUGCCAGUGUUCCAUCAGAAUCAGCGACCCGUCAGAUUAGGUAAACAGCUAUCUGGUGGUGACUCAGGCAUGCAUUCUUUGAUUACAUAAGGUGUGGCAUGAACUGCUGAUGCUGGAAGGGCCACAGAACGGUAGGAUCUCUGCACUCCUCGCUGGAGAUGUUCACCCUGGGAAUAUGGCUGCUGUUAUUGUGGUCUGCCGAGGGGGUGGAUGAAGCGUCGGCCAAAGUAAUCCAACAGACAACCGCUGAAUUUAAUAAGGAAUAUAAUGACUCUGUGAACAGUGAUGUACAAAGUAUAUAUGCCUUCAACCAUACAAUGCUAAGAAACAAGACUGAAGGGGUCAGAGUGUCUGUUAAAGUGCUGUCGGAUCAGAAGGGAACACCAUUGCUUUUUGGCGUCCGGCAGAAGGAGGCCGUUGUGUCUUUCCAAGUACCUCUUACCCUCAGGGGACUAUUUCAGCGUAAUUACCAAUACCGAGAUGUUGGCCGCACAUUGUGCCAACCACCAACCAGGGCAGAGUCAGAGACGGAGUCCUUCUAUGUGGAUGUUUCCACCCUCUCGGAGAAAAACACCACGUACCUUCUACGUGUCACUCAUGUGGAGAAUUUUGUACUGCGGACAAAAGAACGGUUCAGUUUUAAUGCAACUCCUGCUCAGCCUCAGUAUUUUAAAUACGUGUUUCCUGCGGAUGUGGACUCUGUGAUUGUAAAGGUUUCUUCUCCGACUGCCUUCCCCUGUUCUGUCAUCUCAGUUCAAGAUAUUCUGUGCCCAGUAUAUGACCUCGAUAAUAAUGUGGCUUUCACUGGCAUGUAUCAGACGAUGACCAAAAAAGCUGCCAUCACAGUGCAGAAAAAGGAUUUUAACCAAGGGGGUUUCUAUGUUGUCGUUGUGGUAAAAACAGAGGAUGAAGCCUGUGGUGGAGGCCUGCCUUAUUAUCCCUUAAAUCCAGAUACCCCUAUAGAGCAUGGAGACCGUCAAAAGACGCUGGAAGUCUUGGUCAGCCCUGCCAUUAGCAGGACUACUUAUGUUGGUGGGAUGAUGUUCUGUUUAGGUGUUUUCUUGUCUUUCUACAUAUUUGCACUACUCAUAUAUUGCUUGGAGCAAUGGAGAAGAAACAAGAAAGAAGCCGGCUUGCUGCAUUCUGUGGGUGCUCUGAAUGAUGAAACAGCCUCACUGCUCGGAAAAUCGGCUAUAGCACAAAAAUAUGAUGGCUGCGGUUAUGGCUCACUGACAGAUAACAGCUUAGUGGGCAGUCCAGAUGAUUGUACAGACAGUCCGGUAUCUUCAGCAGAGGCUUCAUACAGUUAUACAGAAAAAUCUCUUGAAAAUCUUGUGUCUCGUCCAAGGUUGGAGUCUCUGAGCUCUGUAGAAGAGGAUGAUUAUGACACACUGACUGACAUAGAAUCUGAUAAGAACGUUAUCAGGACAAAGAAGUUUCUUUGUGUUUCUGACCUUGCAAGAAAAGAUAAACGCGUGAUGCGGAAAAAGUACCAAAUAUAUUUCUGGAAUAUCUCCACAAUAGCGGUGUUUUACGCCCUACCUGUCAUACAGCUUGUUAUAACGUACCAAACGGUGGUGAAUGUAACUGGGAAUCAAGACAUUUGCUAUUAUAAUUUCAGGUGUGCUCAUCCCCUUGGAUCUCUUAGUGCGUUUAACAACAUCUUAAGCAACCUAGGGUACAUCAUGCUGGGGUUGCUUUUCCUAAUCAUUGUGCUGCAGAGGGAGUUAAGUUAUAACCGCAACCGCAUGUACACCAGGGGACAUCUGGAGGAAUGUGGGAUUCCCAAACACUUUGGUCUUUUCUAUGCCAUGGGCACUGCUCUGAUGAUGGAAGGACUGCUCAGUGCAUGCUAUCAUGUGUGCCCCAACUAUACCAACUUCCAGUUCGAUACUUCCUUCAUGUAUAUGAUUGCUGGUCUCUGCAUGUUGAAGUUGUAUCAGAAAAGGCAUCCUGAUAUUAAUGCCAGUGCAUAUAGUGCAUAUGCUUGCCUAGCCAUUGUCAUUUUCUUCUCCGUCCUUGGUGUGGUAUUUGGGAAAGGAAAUACCAUUUUCUGGAUUGUAUUUUCUGUGAUCCAUAUAGUGUUUACUCUGGUUCUGAGCACCCAGCUGUAUUAUGUGGGUCGCUGGAGACUAGAUUCUGGAAUUAUUCGCAGGAUCCUUCAGGUUCUCUACACAGAUUGUGUCAGACAAUGUAGCCCCCCAAUGUAUGUGGACCGCAUGGUGCUACUUGUCAUGGGAAACAUCAUAAACUGGUCUUUGGCUGCAUAUGGCCUUAUUGAACGUCCUAAUGAUUUUGCCUCAUAUCUUCUCGCCAUUGGAAUUUGUAACUUGUUACUAUAUUUUGCCUUCUACAUUAUUAUGAAGCUACGCAGUGGGGAGCGUAUUCUUCCUGCCCCGCUGCUUUGUAUCCUGUGUACAUCUGUGGUUUGGGGAUUCGCUCUGUUCUUUUUCUUCCAGGGGCUCAGCACUUGGCAGAAAACCCCAGCUGAAUCUCGUGAGCACAACAGAGAGUGCAUACUGCUUGGAUUCUUCGAUGACCAUGACAUCUGGCAUUUCCUCUCCUCUAUUGCUAUGUUCGGUUCCUUCCUUGUUCUGCUGUAUCUGGAUGAUGAUCUGGAUGAAGUGGAAAGAGACAAAAUUUAUGUGUUCUGAGAUGUGCGCAGAAAGACUUUCAAGAGUAGUCAUGAAGAACACUGGGUUUCAGCAGUCGCCUCCAUGUAGUAACGCACAGGGUGUCACAGACCAGGAGAAGACUUUUUUAAAGGAAGGCUUUUGGCUGAAGGAGAAAUGCAACUCUGAGUGUAGAUGUGCCACUAGCUUGUGCUGCUUUUAUUUAUGAGAGGACUUCCAGGCCAUUCCUGUCGGCACUGUAUGGCCCCCACAUUGGCCACAAGGUGCCAUUUCAGCUCUCCUGUUGCCAAAUUGAGUUUACCGUGGGCCUAGCUUCCUUGAUUUGAUGUGUUGUUUGCUGCAUUGAUACUAGUCUGAAUAAUGCUAAAGCAGAUGGUGAGCUAGCAGUCAAUUUAAAUAAAGUGCAAACCAAUAGAAUGAAAGUGGAAGCAAAACGGCACCGCGCUGCAAUCAUGACUGCCUAAUUAUCAAGCCUGCCUUAAAGUGGCUUUCUACUUGGAUCUAAGUAUUGAAAGUAACUGCAGUUUAUAGAUGAUCGUAGUGCCUGCUCCUAUCAUUCUAGACCCCAGUUGACCCAACACUCCACAUCUGACUUCUUCAAAGUCAGUAUUUGUAUAUUGCUAACCAUGCCCCCAAGAAAUUGGCUGAACAGGCACAAGGCACUGCAUUGUGGGAGAUGGGGGUUAUGUUCUAGUAGUGCCCCAUACCUGAAAGUAUCUGGUAUUUUGAGAUGCUGGAUUAGUAGGUUGGGAGGAUUUUGCACACUAGAAAGGAAUCCGCAAGCAGGUUUUGAUGCUACCCACAAGCAGCUACACUGAUGCCUUCAUUACUUACUUCUAAGUAGAGAGUUGCACCAGUCAGUUUCCUUAGAUUUGAUUUGUGGGAUCAGCAAUCCUGAACCAUAGCUAUAUGGUGGCUGGUCUGCCUAAACAAUACAUUUAUGUUCAGUCAGGUAGAUCAUUACAGUACAAAGUUAUUGGCUAAUUGCCCUUCCAUAACUGACCAAAUCUAUGGUGUGGGGCCAGCUUUAGCUGGAAGGCAUGCCUCUCCAAAUGGGCACACAACCAGCCAAAUCACUUGUGAACUCCUAUGCACAGUUGAAAUUUUAAGGUUUAGUAAGAUCUUUUGUAUAUUCAUAUAUUUGUAUAUGUAUACACAUACAAAGGUAUAUAGUACAGAUAUGUCGGAUAUAAAAGAGAGCUCCGUCCACAACCUAUAUUUCAGUUGUUCAGUAAGUGAUGCCAGUUGGCUGGUGUGCUGACAUUCAGCGGGGCACUGCUCCCUCCUUGUGUCUUUCAUGCCUCUCCUCCUUGACCUGCUCAAUUAAUGUUGUUCAGGGGAAGGGCAACAAGGAUGCUACCGCCUGUAUAAAACAGGUACAGCUUGGUGUCAAAGGAUAGCACUACUGGAUUGAAUUGUGGCAUAUUGAUUGCAUUGUGUAUAAUACCACCUAUUGAACUCAAAUUUAAAUUAAAAAAAUACAUUUUUUUAACAUUUGUUUACAA